ACAAUUUCUAUCAAAAGUGUAUUCUAAUAUUUAUUUCAAAGGUACAUUAUCAUUACUGAAAAUAUAUCCUUAUGAAACCAUCCAAGAUAAACGAUCUAUAUUUAAAUUUUAUAAUAAAGCAAAGAGUAAAUUAUCUAUGUCCAUUACAUAUUCUAAGGUGAAUUUAAAAAAGCGACUAUCGAUAUCAAAUAAAUAUUCCGAGAAGUAUCCAUCUCUGCCAAUUACAUAUCUCAAAAAGAAUAUGAUGAAAAAAUUUUCUUUUUCAAACAGAUAUUUUAAGGAUACUGUAAAAAAAGAACUAACUCUACUAAAUACAUGCUUAGAAAAUUCUGUUGAGAAGGAACUAUUGCAACCAAAUAAGUAUUCUGUGGAAGUUAUAAAGAAUAGAUUAAAUCUUCCAAAAGCUAAUCUUAAUUUGUCUAUAAAAAAUAUAGUAUCUGUACCAAACACACAUUUUGAAGUGACUAUAGAUGAAAAAUGUAUCAAAAAUGUAUUAAACAUCAACUCUAAAAUGGUUGUAAAGAAAAAAAAGAAAUCUCUAAGGUUAAAUCCUCAACAGAUUACAACAGAUGAACCAAUUGUAUCCAUAUUGGAUGAAGCAACUACAACUAAAAUAACACCUCAAAAAAAAAAAUUUUUGGUUGGUCUAGGAUUAUCGUCAUGUGUACACAGUGAAAAAAAGAAUGUGAGAUCUAGAUUAUCAAAAAAAAGAAAAAUUCAUCCAAAGGCUAUUAACAUAGAUAAUAAAGAAAAAACUAAACAAUCGAAUCAUGAUCGAACUAGUUCAGAAAAAGUGAAGAGAACGUAUCCAUCAAAAAAAUCCAACUGUAAAAAAGAUGAUCAAAAGCAUACCGUCAUCCCUACUUUGAUCUCAGCAGAAAAACCAUUAGGAUCAUCAAUUAAUAUAGAUCAUUCUUGUAUUCCUGAAUGCAGUUCUUGUAACAGAAAAUUUGAUUUACUAGAAACUCCUUUUCAUAUAGCACAAAUAAAAAAUCCAGAUAAGCAAAAAGCGUGUUUGGAAAAUGCUUCUCAUUUAAUUGGAUCAGAUUCGUGUUUAUGUACUGGUUGUUACCAGGCCAUAGAAAAACGAACUUCUAUAAAGAAUCUUAAAAAACGUGCCUGUAUUAUAAUGGCUUGUGAACAAACUGUGUCUAUUGAUUUUAAUUCGAAAUGGAUGGAUAUUAUAAAAUCUACGCUUUUAUCAAAUAAGAUCACUCUUAGAGUUCAAACUAAAGAGGAAGGAGCAAUGCAUAAAAUUCCUGUUUGCAAUGCACAUUAUGAACAGAUACUGUUUAUAUCUCAAUGCCAGUUGUGUGGAAAUCGAACAAUACAAAAAUAUAAGUUGCAUAAGUCCGUAGUGAAACGAUAUCAAUUGACUCUUGAUCGGGAUGAAAUUCCUAUAACAAUAAAAUAUGACAUCCUUAUUUGUAAGCCAUGUCAUAUUUAUUUAUUGCUGCCAAGAGAUAAAUCUACAAAAAUGUCAUUAGAAUUAGCAAAGCACUGUAACGCUUCUAAAACAAGGAUCAUAAAUCAUUGUAGAUUAAAAUUGAAAGGAUUAGAACCUAUGAAAUUAGAAAAAUGUGAAAUAAAUACCAAAAAAACAGAGGGAGACGAUCAAUUAUUAACGGUUAAAUCUUUACCAACGAAGAAAAGUAAUAUUUUCACUGAAGAUUCAUCUAUUACAUUUAAACCUGUAUCGUCAGUAUUAGAAUUCGUUAAUACUACAAUAGCCAUUACAACGAAUACGAUAAGAACAAGGCCGACAAUGACAAGAUCGAUAAUUACGACACCAGAAGCAGAAAAACCUAUGUCUUCGGUGUUAACAAAAUCAACAAAAAUAUUAUCAUCGUUAAUAAAAUCAACAACGGAGUCAACAUCAAUACAACCAUCAACGACCGUUGUAACGACGACAAUAGAAACAGCGCCACUAAUGACGACAAGAACAAUGAUUAAAGCACCAAUAUCUACAGUAUUAACUAGCACAGCAAAAAAUCUAUCAGCUUUAAAAUUCAAUCAAAAGACACAAUUAAAAUUUCUCGAUAAACGUCCACCUGUACCAAGAAAUAAAAAAUAUAUUUUGAAACAUUUAACUGUAACUAAAAACUAUAGAAAUCACCAUAUGCCAGUUCAUAAACUAACUCUACUGGAUGGUAAAAUUAAAAUUUUAGUUAAAAAACCGAAAACGCGAGUUGAUAAAUCUAUGACCCCAGUUGAAAAAUCUACGACUCUAGUUAAAAAAUCUAUGGUACCAUUUGAUAAAUUUGCAGUCCCUUUUGAUAGACCUAUGACUCAAGUUCAUAAAUCUAUAAUUCCAGUGGGUAAACCUACAAUCCAAGUUGAUAAAUUAAUGACUCCGGUUGAAAAACCUACGAUUCCUGUUGAUAAAACUUCAACUCCAGUUGCGACUCUAGUUAAUAAACCUAAAAUUCCAGAUAAUAAACCUAUAAUUGUUAAUCACAGAUCAAAACCAGUUUUCAUACCGGUUCUAAAACCAUUUUUUACUUCAAAAUUUUCUGCACCGAAAAAUUAUGUGAAAACUCCAGAUUUAGUUCCACCGAUAAAAUUACCAACUGAAAUAAAAACCGAUCAAUCGCUUAAGAAUACAUUAGAUUUACGGCCUACGUCACCACAUAUUGAGUUUUCCAAGUCCAAUCGCCGACAAGCUAGUCCAUCAAUAUUGUCAUCCUCCACAACCACACCAGACAUAAUCCAAUUAUAUAAGAAUCUCAAGACUGCUUAUCCUAGCGGAAUGGAAUUUGUCAACCAUCUGCUAAAAUUGGAAUCAUGCCGUAAUUUAGGAGACUUAACUGUAAAAAACAAUAAAACCAUUGACCAUCAACGAAAGUCUUAUACUAAAAACACUUCUCCUCGUAUAAUACACAGUCUUCAAAAACCUAAAGAAUAUAAAAUGCCAUCACAUAUUAACGGUCACUGUAAUGACCUUACAAAUAUUGGCUAUUUGAGUAAUAAAUGUGAAGUAAGUGAAGUCGAUAAAAAUUCAGAUUCACUCAUAAUCCCUGUCAAAACAACUUCUAAAUCCAGCUAUAAACCUGAGCAGGAAUCUAUUUCACCCAAAAUAAACGUCGUACAUAAGCCGUCUCUACUGCACGAUGGUGAUGAUAACGAAAAACAUGUCAUAGCUUUACGCAUAAGUACUACUGCUAUGCCUGUCACUACUAUUGUUACGCCUGUCACUACUAAUGUUACGCCUGUCACUACCGCAACCAUUAAAGCUUUGACCAAUAUCAUCUCUGCUGCGUCGCCCAUUUCUUCUACCAUUGUUGAAGAAAUCACAGCCAGUGAAGAGCUAACUACUAUCGAAAUGGCCUCUUUGGCCACAAACACUACAGAUUUAAUUACUGCAGUCGCCGACUCUACCACAACCGUCAUGGACACCGAAAUCUCCACCAUUACUGAUACAGUCGCCGUCACAUCAGACAUUACUUCAACUGUUAAUGACAAUAUUGACAAUAGUACUAUUGCUGACAGCACCGUUGUAGAAGAAUAUAAAACCUUAACUAUGAUUACAACUCAAGCCUCUACCACAACGAAUACAGCCUCCGAAGUUUCCUCAACCAUCGUUGGUGAUUCAAUUACAGAUAUCGCAACAACUGUCAUUGAUGAUUCCGCUUCGGCUAACAUUAACUCUGAAUCAUCUACAAUUACCAAUGCAAUUACCGUAGAAAUUCCCACUUCAACUAUCACUGUCACUGACGUAUCCACCACAAGUUGUGUAUCCAAUAACAUCUCAGAUAUCACUACUACCACUGCGAUCGUUUCUACGACCACUAUCACUGCAUCCACUAUAUCUAACACCUCAGAAUUUACGUCUAAUAAAAAUACAGAAGACAAAUUAGUUCCCACAGGUUCAACUGAAAGUAUUGUCAAUAAUAUAAGCAAUAUUUCCACAUCAAUAUCGUCGGAAAUCGUUAAAGCAUCUCCCGCUAAACUGUUAUCGUUACCGUCGAGUAAAGCUUCAACUGCAAUGGUUAUUAACCUAUAGUCGAUUUUUACUGUGGGGGAGGGUACUGUUUUCUUUUUUGGAACUAGUGAAUAUAUGGCAUGGAUGAGAAUUUGUUACUAAAAUUCUGGAUGAUCGACCAUCCGGAAGCUAGCCACACCAGGCGAUGCUUGACUUCAGAACACAUUAAUAAUUGAAGAAAUCAAUUACCAUGCCACAACAGACCACCAAAAAAAAUAUAUUAUCGGUAUCUGUAGUAACAAUGUUUUUAUAAAUUAUGUAUUAUUUUCCUCUGGAUAAUUUUUUAACAAAAAAAAUUAAUAUUGUGAUACUGUGGAACUAUAAUAUCUAAGGAUUAUAAACUGAAUCUAUUUAGUGUUUUAAAGAUUAAAUUUUUCAUUCUUCUUCAUAUUCAAUCAUUGAAAA